AUGAGGGCAAUGAAGGAGCUGCGAGCAUGUGAACUGGAGGCUGUCCUUAAUGUCAAUCAAAUUUAUAAAGCCACUUUAGUAUUCUUAAACCUUUUAAGCCCACUAAAACAAAACUUGCUCAUAUUUAAAAAUAAUAUAUAUAGAGUGGUGGCUUUUCCUUGCUUUACUUCAAAAUUUCUCUUGAAAGUGUGCGCUAUUUCUAUGGAAAUUGUGAUGAGGAAAAAUAGUACUUUAGUUGAAAAGAUCUUUGUGUUCAUUUAUUCAGCUGAAAUUCAACCUGUUUUUUAG